AUGGAUCUUGCCAAUCAUGGACUUAUUCUGCUACAACAGCUAAAUGCUCAGCGAGAAUUUGGUUUUCUUGACUGUACAGUGGCCAUUGGCGAUGUCUAUUUUAAAGCACACAAAUCUGUGCUUGCAUCAUUUUCUAACUACUUCAAAAUGCUUUUUGUUCACCAAACCAGUGAGUGUGUCCGUCUAAAGCCAAAUGAUAUACAACCUGAUAUUUUUAGCUAUCUUUUGCACUUGAUGUACACAGGAAAAAUGGCACCACAGCUGAUUGAUCCAAUUAGAUUAGAGCAAGGAAUAAAAUUUCUUCAUGCCUAUCCUUUAAUUCAGGAAGCAAGUAUAGCUAGCCAUGGAGCCAUUCCGCACCCUGAUCAGGUAUUUCCAUUAGCUUCAUCACUUUAUGGCAUUCAGAUUGCUGAUCACCAGCUUGGACAUCCCAAUAAAAUCACACCUGCAGCAGAAAAACAUGGACGAGAGUCAAGACCACAUCCUCCUAGACUGAAUCAGGACAGAGUACCUGAAAGUGUGCAGAUCCCUCCGGUAUCAUCUGUUUCCCAAGUGACACAGCCCAGUAAUUUCUCUGACUCUCUGCACUCUGAUGCUUCAGCUGAACUGGCACCUCCUGUUCCACCUCCAGGGGAAGAGCCCAAUAUGGAGACAUCUUCCAUCGAUGAGCAGCCUACACCACUUACGAUAACACAUGUCAAGCCAAGUAUAAUGAAAAGGAAUGGCAGUUUCCCGAAGUACUAUGCUUGCCAUCUUUGUGGAAGAAGAUUCAACUUGAGAAGCCAUCUGCGUGAACACCUCCAGCUUCAUACAGGGAUGUCCCUGCCUGUCCCUAACCAUGGAGAAAUAACCAAUUCCCCAUCAGUUGGUAACAAUGCAGUAGAUUUUGGCAAGGAUACUUACGAAACUCCAGAGACAGGGAUUAUUAGUGACAGUGAGUUACAACACAUGACAGAUUCACCAAUGAUUGAUGGGCAGCAACAACAAGCUGAAACUCCUCCUCCAACUGAUAUUGCAGAUAUUGACAACUUGGAACACUUGGACCAAGAAAGAGAGGUAAAAAGGCGGAAGUAUGAGUGCUCUAUCUGUGGUCGGAAAUUUAUCCAAAAAAGCCACUGGAGAGAGCAUAUGUACAUUCACACUGGCAAGCCUUUUAAGUGCAGUACUUGUGAUAAAAGUUUCUGUAGAGCAAAUCAGGCUGCCAGACAUGUGUGCCUUAAUCAGAGCUCUGAAACAUACACUGUAGUUGACAAACAAACUCUGGAACUGUGCUCCUUUGAAGAAAGUGGUCAGCUAGAUAACAUGUUACUUCAGCCGAAUAAACCAUACAAAUGCAAUCUUUGCGAUAAGACUUUUUCAACACCCAAUGAGGUUGUGAAACAUUCAUGCCAGAGCCAAAGCUCGGAAGGGUUUGCCCCUGUUUCUGAAGAAGGGAAAUUUACAAUAGCAGAAGAUGAAGUGUCAGAAACUGUACAAAGUGAGCAGGGGCACUCUGUGUCGACACCUAUCAAGAAAGAAAACGAAUCUAUUUUGUUAGAUUAA